UACAAAAUCACUAGAGAUGCCAGUAAUAGCUCUCAAUGUACUAUAUCAACUUUUUUUUUAGAAAAAUAUAUGAAUACAAUCAAUUUUAUGGAAUUGAAUAUCUCCUUAUUCUAUCUUGCGUUUUCAAUUUGGGCAUACUCAUCAGGUUGCCAUAUUCACAGUAAAGCUUACCUAUAACUAAAGCCAGUAUUUACAAAUAAUUUUGGUUAAGAAUUUAAGGAGAAGUUUCUCAAAUAAUUAUAUAACCAAAUAAAUUGCUCAAAAUACAAUUCUAAAGGGAUUUAUGAUACAUACCUAGAAGUACUUGCAAUUAAUUGCGUUUUAAAGGUUUACGGAUUCUAAAUAUGGAAGUGCCUCUCCAUUUAACACUUUCCUACCAACAAAAAAUAUUUAAUGAGGUUAUUAAUGAAGACGGACUCUGUGUUAUGGCACCCGGCCUUUCUUUACUCCAAAUUGCAGCAAAUGUUCUAGCUUAUUUCGCCGUUCCAAGGUCUCUAGUUCUUCUUGUAGGAGCCAAUUCUAAUGACAAUGAAUUAGUACAGCGAGAGUUGGAAGAACACUUGGGGAAAGGGCUGCAAAUAGUAAAUACUGAAACCAUGUCUGUAGACAAACGAGAAAAGGCAUAUCAGGAGGGAGGUAUCUUUUCUGUCACCAACCGAAUUUUGGUUAUGGAUUUAUUAACUCAGAUUAUUCCCGCUGAAAGUAUUACGGGCAUCGUUUUACUGCAUGCAGACAGGAUUGUGUCAACGGGAACAGAAGCUUUCAUAAUACGAUUAUAUAGAGAGAAAAAUAGGACUGGAUUCAUAAAAGCUUUCAGUGAUGACCCGGAACGAUUUUUGAUGGGUGUUAAUGCUCUCAGUAAUGCUUUGAGAUGCAUGUUUCUUCGUCAUGUCUUUAUUUAUCCUCGCUUCCAUGUUGAUGUAACUGAGUCAUUAGAGAAAACACCAGCGGAUGUCAUCGAACUAAAUGUCGACUUUACCGAUUCACAAAAAUCAAUACAAACUUGCUUACUAGCUUGUAUUGAAGCUACCGUUCGAGAAUUACGGAGAUAUAAUUCAGCUCACCUUGAUAUGGAAGAAUGGAACGUUGACUCUGCUUUGCACCGAAGUUUCGAUGUAACCAUUCGUCGUCAACUUGACUCUGUUUGGCAUCGCGUGAGUCCCAAAACAAAGCAAUUGGUAGGCGACUUGUCGACGUUAAAAUUCCUAUUGAACGCCCUGAUAUCUUACGAUUGUGUCAGCUUUCUAAAGAUUUUGGAUACUAUCAUUCUUUCUGUGCGGACUGGUGGUUACUCUGGUAAUGCUCAACCUUCUCCGUGGCUCAUGCUGGAUUCUGCAAAUUCAAUGAUUCGGAUAGCUAGAGACCGUGUGUAUCGUUCUCCCGCUGCAUCCGCAGAUGAAUAUUAUCCUGUUUUAGAAGAACAACCAAAAUGGUCUGUCUUGCGGGAUAUUUUACAAGAAAUAAGCCAUGAGAACGUACUCAAUGAAAGUAAUGACCCCGAUUCCUCAACGAAUUCAAUUUUAAUAAUGUGCUCGGAAGAACGUAUUUGCUUACAAUUACGAGACUAUUUAAGUACUAUACACUAUGAUAAUAAAGAGUCCUUCAAGAUGAUGAACAAUCGACUGAUGGACUAUUUCCAUUGGCGUGAACAAUACAGAAAUAUGAGCAGAUCUAUAAGCAAAAUAGAAAAAACAUCUAAAGAAAAGCAAAAUGCACCUGAUGUUAGCAGGAGGGCUGCACCCGCAUCUAAACGACGAAGAGUAAGAGGAGGAGGCACAGCUACAUCUCGAUCAACACCAGAAAGCAAUACUACUUCAGAAAAUUUUUCGAAUGAUAUAAGGCUGGAACAACUUUUACUUUCACAAAUAUCGAAGUCAACCUAUACACAAGAAGAAAAUGAGUCCUUUGAGGUUCUAAGCGAUAAUAAUUCAAUUUAUAUACAUACUUACGACUAUGAACUGGAUACCCUUCUCCUGAAUACUUUGCGUCCACGAUUCAUUAUAAUGUUCGAUUCCGAUCCCGACUUUAUUAGAAGAAUCGAGGUAUAUAAAGCUACCAACCCACAAAGGGCAACACGGGUUUACUUCGUUUAUUAUGGAGGGUCUGUCGAAGAACAAAAGUAUCUAUAUACCGUAAGGAGAGAAAAAGAUUCCUUCUCCAAAUUGAUUCGAGAGCGAUCAAAUAUGGCUAUUGUUCUUACUGGAGAGAAUGAACGUUUUGAAGGCCAAGAAACGAAGUUCUUGAGAAAUGUUAAUACACGAAUAGCUGGUGGAGGCCGUGUAUCAGUCACAAGUGAAAAACCAAGGAUCGUAGUCGAUCUUCGAGAAUUUCGAAGUUCCUUACCAUCUAUAUUGCACGGAAACAACUUCUCUGUUAUUCCCUGUCAGUUAGUGGUCGGUGAUUAUGUGCUCUCUCCAAAUAUUUGUGUUGAAAGAAAGUCUAUCCGUGAUUUAAUACAAUCACUGAGUAGUGGUAGACUUUAUUCUCAAUGUGAAGCUAUGUUGGAGCACUAUGAAAUACCCGUGUUGUUAAUUGAAUUUGAACAAAAUCAGACUUUUACUUCUCCGCCAUUUUCCGAUCUUUCGACUGAAAUUGGAAAAUCAGAUGUACAAUCCAAAUUGGUGCUCUUAACACUUGCGUUUCCUAAACUACGAAUUCUUUGGUCUUCUAGUGCUUACGCUACGUCUCUGAUGUUUCAAGACUUAAAGGUGUUAGAAAAAGAACCAGACCCAGCCGUCGCAGCAUCUAUCGGUUUGGAAGCAGGUCAAGACUCCACUAACACUUACAAUCAAGCGCCCGUUGACUUAUUAAUGGGACUUCCUUAUAUAUCUAUGAAAAAUUAUAAAAAUGUUGUUUAUAGCGACCUUAAGAAUAUACAAGAAGCAUGCGAAGCAGACGAACGUAAAUGGUCUGAAUUAAUCGGACCUGAAUCAGGACGCUCAUUGUAUACCUUUUUUCGAAAGGAGUUAAAAGAUAAUGAAUAGAAUUUUUUUGUUUUAAUAAAAUAUAUUAUACGGGUAA